AUGGCCGAUCAACACAUUGCUGUGGACGUCGACGUUUAUACCGCCGAGGGUGCCUACUACCCUGAUGACUGGCAGUCGGAAACAACCUCCAUCGGUUCCUCGAUCUAUCGAGGUUUGAUUGAGAAUGGCCGACGAUACCAAACACUGAGUAACAAGGAGUAUUUGAUCCCUUCCGAUGAUCAGAUGUUCGAGUCCUAUGAAGUCGUACAUCUAUUAACAAUGGUUCUGGAUUCAGAAAGAGAGAAUCCUCUAUUCCGGGCCCCUAUUGGAAACAACCCGAAGCACAUUCUCGAUAUUGGUACUGGAAAAGGCGUCUGGGCUAUUGAUGUCGCCGACAUGUUCCCAGAGGCGACGGUCCGUGGCGUCGACCUUUUCCCGCCGCCAGUGACCUGGUCGCCGCCCAACUGUGUAUUGGAAGUGGACAAUAUUCUACAAGACUGGACCUGGAAACAGCCCUUCGACCUGAUUCACAUGCGGAUCAUGAUCGGAUCUUUUGAUCAAAAGGAGUGGGAUCGCGUCUACAAGCAGUGCUACGACAAACUUCAACCAGGAGGCUGGAUUGAACAGAUAGAAGCCAGCCCGGUCAUCUUGUGUGAUGACGGCAGUCUGCCUGCAGAUAGUGAUAGCGUCCUCAACAACUGGGGCCCUACCAUGCUAGCAUGUGGCCUGGCAGCUGGACGUGACUGCGAUACAGUCGACACAAUGGACGCCGCCAUGGCCAAGGCCGGAUUCGUGGACUUCAACGUCAAGAACUACAAGUGGCCAAUUGGACCCUGGCCCCUUGAACAAAAGUUCAAGGAAGCUGGAACUGUCAACUUCCAACAUUGGAUGAUUGGUAUGGAAGGGUGGUGUAUGUGGCUACUGACAAAGUUCGGCAAGCCUGAGCCGUGGACGAACGAGCAGGUGCGCGUGUAUGUGGCUAAGAUGCGUGCUGAAUUGAAAAACCCACGCUACCACCUUUACCAGCGAGCACGACGUGUGUGGGCACGCAAGCCCUUCGAUCACGAGCUUUAG